UGGGGUGUGGGGACGAGCCGGGCACGGUGCUGAAGGAGAGGGCAGCCAGGGCUCAGCCCGCCCCUCGGUCCACAGCUGAUGACUUUGGGGGAAUGCAGCUUCCUCAGGAGGGGGUCUAUAACGCCUCCUGGGUUUACUCGUGGUGCACGUAGGGUUUUGUGCAAGCAGCUUCUGGCUUCGGGUGGUCGCAGAGGCACAGAAAUUGUUGUCCCUCCAAUGUGGGGGAGAUACUCCCAUCCCUCAGAGGACAACACACUGCCAUGUCUUUCCUUGCCUCGUCACCACAAGCAGCUGUCUCGUGCCCACUGUGGCUCCCAAAGGUGCCAGCAGCCUGAUAAGGUGCUGGGAUAGCGUAUAAGGCUGAACGUCUCCUCCUGAGCAAUCCUUGUUCCUUCUCUUCCGUGCCCAGGAGGGGCUGAUGGGGAAAUCCCAUUCAAUCUGACCUGGUGGCUCUGAGAGAUGCCUCAAAAGCUGCCCAUCAGCCCUUCAGGAAAUGGUAUCUGGGGAGAAAUGCUUUGGAAGUAACUGGAGUAUUUUUAAAAGGGGUGCUUGCCCUGUGGUGGAGCAGCUCAUUCCCGGAAACUCAUUCCUUGAUUUUCCUAUUUAAAAAAAAGCAAGCAAGCACUGAAAGGAAUGAAACUUCUUAGAUAAGGUGGUUAUCCAGCAGGUAGAAAAAAGGUUGGGGUAAGUCCCCGUGAGGCUGCAGUGUUCUUGGCUUAGCCCACAUGUGACACGAACUGAGCCCGUUCUCAGCCCAAUCCUUGGUGCUGUCCUGGAGUCCGGGCUGAGCAGAUUCCAUACGUUCAACUUUGUCCUUUUCUCCUACUUUGUCUUCUGUGUGCUCAGUAGGCUGUCCUGCUAGUGGGGAGGGUCUGCCAUGGACAGCGGGCACAUGGGCAGAUACCGGCUGAGCGCCACCGCCAGCCCCCCGCGCUGGGAGAUCGGCAUCUACGCGGCAGGAGCGCUGGCGCUGCUGGGCAUCGCAGCUGUCAACCUGUGGAAGCUCUGGCGUUCCGGCAGCUACCCUGCGCCUUCCCCGUUCCCCAACUAUGACUACCGCUACCUGGAGCAGAAGUACGGGGCGGCGUAUUCAGACAUCAAGCACAAGCGUGGGGCAGCGCUGGGCUCAAAGCUGUUGCCCAGCCGCAAAGCCAGCCUGAGAGGCACCAACACCUGCGAGAGCAUCAAUGAGCUGGGCAGCCUGGAGCUGAUGAGCAGGGACCUAGGGCUGGCCCCCUAUGGCCCCCUGAAGAAAUCCGUCUCAGCUGACUCGCUCAACUCCGUCUCAUCCAUCGGGAACAACUUUGGGCAGGAUUUCACCGUGGGGCAGGUGGAGGUGUCCAUGGAGUACGAUGGAAAGGCAGCCGCCCUGCACGUCAGCCUACUGCAGGGCAAGGAUCUGCUGGAGAAGGAGGAUGCCCGCUUUGAAUCUUGCUUCAUGCGCAUCAGCCUGCUGCCAGCCGAGCAAAUUGUUGGCAUCUCCCGGAUCCAGCGCGGUGCCUACGCCGUGGCCUUCAAUGAGCGCUUCUCCAUCCCACUGGACCCUGUGGCACUGGAGGAGGACAGCCUGCGCUUCUCUGUCUUCGGUAUCGACGAGGAUGAGAGGAACAUCAGCACCGGUGUGGCGGAGCUCAAGCUCUCUGACCUGGACCUGACUGUGCGUCCCUUCAAUGCUUGGCUCUAUCUGCAGGACACGAACAAGGCAGUCGACACAGUGGGGGAGAUUCUGCUCUCCCUCAGCUACCUGCCCACAGCCGAGCGGCUGACGGUGGUGGUGGUCAAAGCCAAGAACCUCAUCUGGAGCAAUGGCAAGGGGACUGCAGAUCCCUUUGUCAAAGUCUACCUGCUGCAGGAUGGGAGGAAGAUCAGCAAGAAGAAGACGGUGGUGAAGAGGGACGACACCAACCCUGUGUUCAACGAGGCCAUGAUCUUCUCAGUGCCGGCCAUUGUGCUCCAGGACCUGUCCCUGCGGGUGACGGUGGCUGAAAGUGGCGAGGAUGGCCGUGCUGACAACACGGGCCACGUCCUGAUCGGCCCAGCAGCCAGUGGCAUGGGCAUCACCCACUGGAACCAGAUGCUGGCCACGCUGAGGAAGCCUGUGUCCAUGUGGCACCCGCUGCGGAGGAAUUAGGCUGCUGGCGGGGGCACCCUGCACACCUUGGGACCCUGUGCCCCAAUGCCAGCUCUGCCCUGGCCACAGUGGCCAAGUGCCACUGUCUGGAGGUGAAAAGUCAGAGAUGGCCAGAGCAUCCUGCUACCAAAAGCCUCCACUGGGAGGAGGAGGAUGGAGAAAAUCCUGUCCGCACCUCUCCUCAUCCGCAUGCGCUGGGGGCUGCUGAGGGACCUGCCGAAGAUGGACCAAAACCAGCAAAAUCCUCCUCAAACUGCUGUCUGGGUGCCAGCCACAAGCUCCUCAGCAUCCUGCAUGCCCUCUGCUGGGCCCCCAAAACCAAUGGUGACCUCAGAUGUGGCCUCUGAGGGCUUCUGAGGGGACAUGGGAUUCUUUGGAAGGAUUUUUGGCAAGCGGAAACAGAGAGGGGUGAUAAAGUGUUGGCAUGGUGCAGUUUCUCUCAGCAUGUGUGGUCUUUCUGUUGGGUUUCAGAGGGGUUUCAGUGUACUGCACCAGGGCUGAAACCCUCCAAAUUCCAAUGAAAAAGGGAAAAAUAAUAGUAGAAAAAAAAGUUGUUGUUAUAUAUCUCUUUUUUUCUUCCAUCAUUUUUCUAGCAGUGUCAGUUUCUGCUUUCCUACUGGCUGCCAAGGGCUGUCUGUCCCCAAACGUCAUGGGUUUGAGGACAGGUCCAGGCUGAAUCAUCCCCUAAAGGCUAAAUGUGGUCACCCCAAACCCUUUUCCCAGCUUAAUUAACCCCGUGGAUUCCCUAGCAGCAGGGCAGUUCUACAGAAAUAGGAAACACCCCCCAAAUUUUGUAUUUUUAAGCUUCACAGGGAAAGGAGAGGAAAAGCUCUUUAGAUGCCGUCUGCUCAUGGGCUCCCAGCCCAAACAAGGUCUUCUGGGUAAGAUCUGCUGCUCUGGGGAACCAGUUCCCCCUGUUUUCCGGAGGUGAACAGAUGGAGGGAUGCGUGGGGCAGAGGAUGCCCUGGGGCCGUGUCCCUCAGCUUUUCCCAGCCUGCAGGUUGCCAGCAGGAAGCCAACAGGGAAACUGGGGCUCUUUGGGGGCUGUUUGCCAGAGUGGUGGCUGUUUGCCAGGGUGAGCUGGGGAGGGGAUUUUGUUCCUUGAAUGGUUUGAGCUGAAAAUAAACAAACGUGAGUGAGCCAUUCAACCUGAUUAAAGACAACAUCAUGGUGGUAC